AUGGAUCAUAAUAGAGAUAAUGGUUGGAGGGAAUUGGUGAAGAACAUGCUUCCUCCCGGUGUUUCUGUUCCUGAUGAUGCUUCUAGUCUUGAUUACUCCAGAGGUUCGGAAUAUUUAGGUCCACCGGUUUCUUAUGAAGUACCGAUAGUUGAGCCACUAGGUGUGAAAUCAAGAACAAUAGAACAAAUCCCUCUGCCGGUGUCUCGUAUUGUUGGUGUAACAGGCUCUCCUAAUCAUAGUCCGAGGGUGUCGGGAAGUUCAGAAUCUGUGGUUUCUGUGUUACUAAACCCUGAUCUUUCUUCCGGUUCGCCUUCUGCUUCACCUGCUUCGGUUCAUAAUCCUUCAAAUGUUGUUUCUAAGACGGGGAUUAACGAAGCAAAGAGGGCGCCUGUUGUUACUUUUAAUACUGUUGAAAGGUCUCAAAUGAAAGAGGUGGUGGAGGUUGUGAAGCCGGUGUAUCCGGAAUAUGUCGGCGUUGUGAAAGAAAAGAAGAAAAAGAAAAUUAGAGUUUGUUAUAGGUGCGGAAAAGGGAAGUGGGAAACUAAAGAGUCUUGCAUAGUUUGUAAUGCUAAGUAUUGCAGCAACUGUGUGCUCAGGGCAAUGGGAUCCAUGCCUGAAGGGCGAAAAUGUGUAACGUGCAUUGGUCAGCCUAUAGACGAAUUGAAGCGUCUGAAAUUAGGUAAAUAUUCGAGGGUGUUGUCCCGGCUGUUGAGUCCUCUUGAAGUCAAGCAAAUUAUGAAAGCGGAGAAAGAAUGUUCUGCGAAUCAGCUUCAGCCGGAGCAGUUGAGUAUCAACGGAUUGCCUUUAAAGCCUGACGAGAUGGCGGAAUUACUUGGGUGCCCCUUACCUCCGCGUAAGCUGAAGCCCGGUAGAUACUGGUACGACAAAGAAUCCGGUCUUUGGGGAAAGGAAGGGGAAAAGCCUGACAGAAUCAUUAGUUCAAACUUGAACUUCUCUGGCAAACUAAGCACUAAUGCUAGUAAUGGAAACACCGAGGUUUACAUCAAUGGUCGAGAGAUCACAAAACUUGAAUUGAGGGUACUCAGGUUGGCAAACGUGCAGUGUCCACGUGAUACUCAUUUUUGGGUUUAUGAUGACGGUCGUUACGAGGAGGAAGGUCAAAAGAAUAUAAGAGGAAACAUUUGGGAGAAGGCAUCAACAAGAUUUAUUUGUGCCUUGUUCUCUCUACCCUUUCCACAUGGACAGCAUCACGGUUCAAGAGACGAGACUAGUAAUUAUACCGCAGUUCCUAAAUAUCUGGAACAGAAAAAAACUCAGAAGCUUCUUCUUCUUGGAAUUCAAGGUUCUGGAACUAGCACUAUGUUUAAGCAGGCCAAAUUCUUGUACGGGAACACAUUUACCGAACAAGAGCUAGAGGACGUUAAACUGAUGAUACAGAGUAACAUGUACAAAUAUCUUAGCAUUUUACUUGAUGGAAGAGAGCGUUUUGAAGAGGAGGUUGUUUCUAGAUUGAAUGGACAAGGUUCUCCUCGUCAAGUUAUGGAACCCGGUAGCAAUGGUGAAGCUAGCACUGCUAGUGAAUGCGUCUAUUCUCUCAACCCAAGACUAAAACAUUUUUCCGACUGGCUCCUGGACAUUAUAGCCACUGGGGAUUUGGAUGCAUUCUUCCCUGCGGCGACACGUGAAUAUGCACCAUUAGUUGAAGAAGUGUGGAAAGAUCCAGCGAUACAAGAAACCUUUAAAAGAAAAGAUGAGCUUCACUUCCUUCCAGAUGUUGCCGAGUACUUCUUAAGUCGGGCUGUUGAGAUAUCUAGCAAUGAGUAUGAACCUUCUGAAAGGGACAUACUAUAUGCAGAAGGGGUUACUCAAGGAAAUGGUCUGGCUUUCAUGGAGUUCUCACUCGAUGAUCGUAGCCCAAAGUACGAAGCUUAUACAGAUAACCCGGAUGGCCAAUUGCAACCUCAGACCAAGUACCAACUUAUAAGGGUGAAUGCCAAGGGCAUGAGUGAAAGUUGCAAGUGGGUUGAAAUGUUCGAAGAUGUUAGAGCUGUCGUCUUUUGCGUUUCCCUAAGUGACUACGAUCAGUUAUCUCUUGCACCAGACAGCAGCGGCAACGGAACACUUCUCCAAAACAAGAUGAUACAAAGCAAGGAGCUUUUCGAAACAAUGGUGAGACACCCUUGUUUCAAAGACACCCCUUUAAUACUAGUCCUUAACAAAUACGACGUCUUCGAGGAAAAAAUGAAAAGGGUGUCCCUAAACGCCUGCGAAUGGUUCAACGACUUUUGUCCCGUGCGCGCGCACGACAGUAACCAAUCACUCGCCCACCAAGCUUACUUCUACGUUGCCAUGAAAUUCAAAGACCUUUACGCGUCCAUCACAGGCAGAAAACUCUUUGUCGCACAAGUAAGAGCAAGAGACAGAAUAACUGUUGAUGAAGCAUUCAAGUACAUAAAAGAGGUUCUCAAAUGGGAUGAAGAGAAAGAUGAAAAUUACUAUGGUCCACCUGAGGAUUCAAUUACAGACAUGAGUUCUUCUUUUUAUGUUAGACAGGAGUAA